AUGUUUCUGGCCAUUUUCCUGAUUGUGAUCCUGGGUGGAGAGACGGAAUCUGUUGCAUGGUUGAGAUUGACAUGUUGGAGAGACAGUAUCUGUUUCACGGUUGUUAUUGACGUGUGCGUCCCUGAUGCACAGUUUGAUGACCCCAAUUACUACAGCUUUAAGACAGUUGCCCCUGGAAUAAAAAUCCAUGAUCUCUGGGAUUACAUUCACGAGAAACGUGAUUCGAUAUUCUUUGAUGCCGAGUUUAAAAAAUUGCGAAGCGGGCUUAUUCAUAAGCACGAAAUAGCAUCGUCUGAAGAAAACAAGGGAAAGAACCGCUACAGGAAGAUGUAUGCAUGCGCCACUGAGAAAACACUGGAGGAUUUAUGGCGCAUGAUAUGGCAGCAAAAGGUUGACAAGAUUGUGAUGUUGACAAACCUGGUCGAAAUGGGAACGGGACGUGAUACGAGGGUAGUAAAGCAGUUUCACUUCAAGGCCUGGCCUGACAAAGAUGUUCCCGACACAGCCUGGUGUCUUGUAGACUUUUGGAGAGCGGUGGGCACUCGAGAUGAACAACAAUCACCAAUCCUUGUUCACUGCAGCGCUGGUGUUGGGCGAACAGGAACAUUUAUUGCUCUUGACAACCUCAUUUCACAAGCCAAGAUGGAGAAAUGCGUGAGACCUUUCCAGAUGGUCGAGGCUCUACGGGAACAAAGGGUCAGCAUGGUCCAAACAAAGGAACAGUACGUCUACCUACACGAAGCCCUGGCAGAGGCUCUCCUGAUAGGGACACAUCACGUGACGACCGGACAGUUCGAACGUGUCUACAACUACAUGAUGGGCCGUAACGAUGACUCGACAGACACCCGACUUGAACAUCAGUUCGAACUAGUGAGACAAAGUGUGGAACAUGAUCCAGUAGAGAUACAAGAAGUGUCCAGUCAAGAAGCAGAAUACGGCAAUAUUGAGACAGUCGGGACUGAACUACACCCUUAUCGACAUCCACCGAAUAGAAAAAGGGACCAGCCAAUUGAACUCAAUAUCCCCAAAUACGUACUCAAAGAUGGAACAGACGGGGAACAUAUAGAAAACGGAGCUCUGUCUGUAAUUAAAGAGUCGCUACACAACGGAUUUGUUGAAAUAACUUAUUCCGUGAAGAAAAACGCGAACGAGAGUGGCUUCGACAAAACCAUCAAACACUUUGUGUUGACUUCAUGGAAAGGAGAUGAUACACACACAGAGAGGACAUCACUUCUCAAGAUGAUAGAGGCGGUGCACACAUGGCAACUGGAAAUGAAAGAAGACAAGCCGAUAUUAAUACUCGACAAUGCCUGUUUCCAGAAAUGCGGUGUCGUGGCUGUUUUGAUUAACGAGAUUUAUCGCAUAUCAGCACAACAUGGACACAUUAACAUCUUAGAAUCUGUCAAGACGAUGGUGCAAGGAAAAAGUCUUCUUAUCCACAGCAAGGCAUCGAGACGUCACAACAUCACCAUCAUCAAGGUCAACGCACCAACAGUUGACAACGAUGACGAGGAUAUUGAACAGUUUUAUGACGAAUUAGAGCGCAUCAUAGUCAAGGUCCCUAAGAUCGACAUCCUCGUUGUCCAAGACUGUGAUGCUGUCAUCGGCCGAAGAAGUUCUUGGGAGAGAGAGAGAAGGAAGAACAAGCCAUGGGUGACGACCGAAAUCAUGGACCGCUGUGCCAACAGAGAGAUAAAGGAUGAGAAGUACACCAGCUUGAAAUCAAGGGCAGACAACUAG